AUGGCAGGAGAUCUAAUUCUCAUUACGGGCGUUUCUGGCUAUAUCGGAUUCAAGACUCUGAUCCUAGCUCUUGAAGCGGGGUUUCCAGUACGUGCGGUCAUCCGCAAGGUCGAACAGGCCACAAAACUCCAGUCUCACGCUCGAGUCGCACCCCACAUGGACAACCUACAAUGGGUUGUUAUUCACAAUCUCUCAGACACCCACUCCUUCGAUCCUCACCUCGCUGGUGUCACGGGAAUUCUCCAUAUCGCCUCCCCUAUUGCCAUCGAGGUAUUACUCAUCUCCGUGCCUGAUCGUCACAAAUCGGACGACUAUGACCGCGACAUUAUCGACCCAGCCUUAAAAGUGACCCUCUCUAUCCUCAACGCCGCGCACCGCACUCCCUCAAUCAAGCGUGUCAUCAUCACCUCCUCUGCCGUAACCCUGAUCUCCUUCGCCUGGAUGUUUGGUCCCGCGCCUGCGUCCCCAGACCUCACACUAUUUACCGCAGCCGACAUCAACUCCAACAUUGCCGGUCCCUAUGGCACGUCAAUGGAAGCAUACUUCGCAUCCAAGACCCUAUCCCGCAUUGCCACAAGAAAAUUCAUGGAGGAGGAGAAGCCAGAAUUUGAGUUCGUCAACUUGCUGCCAACAGUAGUAUUCGGGCCAGAUGAACUGGCUACAAAUGCCGCUGAGUUGGUGACGGCCGGGAACUCUCUCGCACUUGGUCCGCUCCUGGAUGUCAAUAUUCCGCAGAUGGUGGGGGCUGCAGUGCACGUUGAUGAUGCGGCUAGGGCGCAUAUCGAUGCGUUGAAGCCGAGUGUGCAAGGGAACAAAGACUAUAUUUUGAGUUCUGAUGCGCCGGAUGGUAUUGAUUGGGAAGAUACGCAGAACUAUGUUAGGAAGUUCUUUCCAGAAGCUGUGGAGAACGGGACAUUGAAAUUGGGGGGAAGCCUGAGGGCGAGGAUCUGGAGGUUGGAUACUCGGGAGACGGAGAAAGAGUUUGGGUGGAAGUUCGUAUCAUUCGAGGAGACGUUGAAAGAGCUUGUGGGGCAAUAUCUGAAGUUUGUAGCGGCGGAGAAGAAAUGA